AUGCGUAUAUUUUGCAGUGAUGAUACCGAUUCAGAAGCGGACGAGAUUGAUAUAUCAAGGCGGCUGCACGAACUGGUUGAAGAAGGACCCCCCACCUCUUUAUGCAUUGAUGAGAGCGGCGAAUUGCUGCCGUCGAUGCAAUGCGAGAAGUGUUCUCAGCGGCACUGCUCCUGUGAUGAAUGUCGAAUUUCGCAUAUUAUUAUCUGUGGCCUUCUGGUUGACGGCGAAGAUACCAAUUCUUUAACAUGGGUUUGA